CACUCCGCAGGGUCCACUUGUUCGCCACUACGUCGGCUUGUCACUCGCGAGCGCGUUGCCGGUGCAGCAACAACGGAGUGCGCCCUCGUUCGAAGCCCGACUGCGCCCGCGCCCGCGCCGCACACGACCCCCGGGUUCGUUCCACUCGAGAGAAUCGCCGGGAAUCACCGUCACGAGACGCGAGGGACGCCAGGAGGAACAAUCAGUUUCUAAAAGUUUCUCCGUCCGCAGAUUCAAAAGUGGCAACGAGUGGUGGAGAACGAGUGAUCUCCGAUCAGUGAUCGCGGUUCUCUCGUUAAAGAAGAAGUGCACGUGACAGUCCGCGUCUUCGAGGAACAUGUUCUGAGAGUUAUCUCUCGUCGUGUCUUUCUUUUGUUUUUUCCUCACCCGGUGAUCGCGAAACAAAGGGACCGAGAAUGGCGAACGAGACGUUGACGCGCGAGGUGGACGCGCACAUUGUCACCAUCCUAUCGAGACUAUCGGCUCUCCGGGAGAACAAUGCCGACGUGACGGACAGAAAGGCGCCCAUAGCCGUCGAGGCUCGCAGUUUGGAGCUGUGGCGAGCGGUGGCUGUCGAAUGCCUCGCCACUUUCCUCUUCUGCCUCGUAGUGGCCGGCGCGGCCGCCGCCUCCUCCGUAUCCGGAAGCGGCCUUUCCGCGUUAGCGACCGCUGUAGCUUCCGGUUUCGCCAUCGCCGCGAUCUCCCUCAUCUUCAGCCACAUAAGCGGUGGACACGUGAAUCCGGCAGUCUCGGUAUCGUUCGCUUUGUGCAGACGGAUUUCCCCACUUCGUGCGGUGCUGUACGUGGCGGCACAAUGCGGUGGCGGUAUUGCUGGGGCGGCGAUGCUCUAUGGAGUAACUACACCUUCGAGUACGCAGACUCUGACGUCUCCUGGUCGGCUAGGAGGCCCAAUCGAAAGACUUUUGAUCGAAAUAGCACUAUCGGUGCUUAUCGUGCUAGCCCAUUUCUCUGUGGACUCACCUAGAUCACUGCCAAUGAUUUCUUCAAAAGCUUCUGCAGUUUUGGCAGCAGCCUAUACAGCUGCUACUCUCGUUUUCAGUCCUUUCUUGAAUCCAGCGCGCGCGUUGGGUCCGGCCUUCGUGAUGAAUCGUUGGGAAAAUCACUGGGUGUACUGGGUGGGUCCGCUGUCGGGAGGUGCCGUAGCGGCUCUGCUGCACGAAUACGUCCUGAGUUCCAGACGCACAAAGGACUCACGCGACAUGGACGACGGCGACAACUCGUCCAUGAGAUCCGACGAGGACACGUACGACGAUCUGGACAAGCCGAAUGGACCAAAGUUCCCCGGCGCGUACGCGACCUAUCGUCCGGUUGCCGGCGCGUCCACGUCGAUCUACAGCGCACCACCGUCCGCGUUGGAGCGGGUCGAGUCGAUCUACGGCGGUACCAAGUCGCUCUAUUGCAAAUCACCGCCAUUGACGCGCGCCAAUCUGAAUCGUUCUCAGAGCGUUUACGCGAAGUCGACGUCGGGACCACGGGAUGGUUUAAUGAUCCCGAAGCCGGGCCCGCUGGUGCCGGCGCAGAGUCUGUAUCCCAUCAGACUAGGUCAGAAUGGUUGUCAGAACGGUACCCGUGAGAUCCAGCCCGGACUUGGCGGGGUUCCACCGAACCAGACGCAGAAUCACAACAGCACCAACCAGAAUAUGCAGAACCAACUGCAGCAGUGCACGCAGAGUAUCUACGGUAUCCGCGGGAUCUCCACGGGUCUCAGUACUCGGGAAAACGGUAUCUAUGGGGUGUCCACCGGAUCUACCAUUUACGGUCGCGCGCCGGCACCACCGCCGAGCAGUCAAAAUUCGCAGCAAUCCAGUCAGAGCGGACAAUCCUCGAUACAGAAUCACCCGCCGCCGCAGCCGCCAUCGCAGCAGCCAUCGCAGCAGCCGCAACAGCAACAACAGCAGCAGCAGCAACAACAUCAAAACGGACCGUUAUCGAGCAACUCGGAUAAUAGUGCGAGCUCCAGGCGACCCGAGAGCAUGUACGGCCACUUGUCGAGACGCAGUGACGAUUCCGCGUACGGCAGUUAUCAGAGCUCCUCGCGGGGAAAUUACGGCAAGGUGCCUGGACCCCCGGGUCCGCCCAAUGGACCGCCGCAGUACCGCGACCAGGGAAGACCGAGUCCAGCCGGACCUCUUCAGCAAAGUCAAAGCGUGCAGAGUAACUUCCAAAGAAACUCGCCGAAUCCUCAGUAUUGACUGUAGACUAACGAUAGACCCAACAGGCCAUGAUCUGUGCGAUCAUAAAAUCACCUCGCCUCUGUACACCGACGGAGUAGCUUCUCGGUGUAUGUUUUAGGAAUCUCGUGGUCCAAUAAAGAUUUCCAUUCCAAACUAUGAAUUAAAUUUGUCCUGACACGUCACAAAAAAUAAUAUUUGCAAUAGCAUUGGAUUUCUAUGAAAUCUCAUUUUAUAUUUGAGAAUUCUGUUUCAUUCUGUGUAUGGAAGAUGGAAAUAAUUAUGAUAGGACCAACACUAUUAUUAUAGUAUUAGUGUUGUAUUAAUAAAUUUUGGCAUUUUUGUAAAUAUGUAUCACACUAGCGUAUAUAUUGUACUGUGUGCUUCUGCACGAUGCGUGUUGAGAGGAAGAGAGCCAAUUUGAGGAACUUUCCUAUCGAUGUUUUAUAAUAUUAAAUUUUUGAUUAUGGAAAUAUCAUACAAUGAAAAUACAUAAAACAUAGAAGUAAUAAAAUUAAGAAAUACACAAAAAUAUAUAGAAGCAUUGUUCUCAAUAAAUUUAGCAUAACAUGCUAAGAAAUUUUAGCUACGUCAAGGAUGGAUUGAUCUUCGAGCCGGCUCGUUGUACACCAUUGCGCUUAUAUGUAAAUAUAAAUUUUUUAAAUUUAAUUUGCCUAUAUUAAGAAUAUUAAUUCUACCGAUUCAGCUGAUACCAUUAUGCCAAAUCCCUGCGAAGAAGCGAUGCACUGACUUCUUCACGAAAGCUUCACUCGCAGAAUCGUUUUAAUUUUUUCGCACAGUGACGCAGCCAAAUGAAAAAACCGGAAACUCUUUAGAUAUUAUUCUUUUCUAUUUGUAGAAUUUAAAUGCAUAAUUUUAUCGAUAUUAUAUUCGAAAUGCGCGCACGCAUUUAUAUAAAUUAAUAUAUUUAUACAAAUUACUGUAGUGGCACAUCGUAAUAAACGCACGAUGAAUGAUCACUGUGACGGCUCUAUAACGAAAAAAAUCGCACAAGAACAUUCUGACAAUGGUAGAGAUAAUCUAAAUAAUAGAAAAAUCUGUAAAUAUAUUCUAUAUAUAGUAAAGAACACAACUCUUUAAUCUCUUUUUUGUCAUUCGUGUCGGAGAUGUCACGAUUUUUUAUUCCGUCAAUAUCUUAUUAGUUAAUAAUUUUUUGUUAUUAUUUAAGGGAUACAUCAACGAAUUAAAUUUUAAACGUUCUAUUUGUGAUCUGAAUUCGGACUCGAUUAUUUGUAAUGGCGAUCAAGCACGAUUAAAUGUACGAUUAUGAAGAUGUAUAUAGAAUAUUAUAGAUUUAGAAAUAUUAUCUCUCGAUAUUUGUGUAGCAAAAUCAAUUUCAAAGGUCAAGUGAAUUCUUUGAAAAAUGAAAACGAGUCUAUAUUCCUCUUUGGAUAAUAAGCUUUGUAGCGUUUUACACAGCAUUCAAUGAAUUAGCGGAAGAUUGAUCACGUGCUUCGUAAUUGCAAAUUUCUUUUUAUGCAAAAUAAUAGGUAGCUUGGAAUAAAUUUCACGUGUAACUCCUUUCAUUUAUUUUUCAAAUAAAUAUAAAUGUUUGUGAGCCACAUAGCAGACAUAAUUGAUGCCAGCUGAGUAAUUACAAAAUUUAUGUAUUAUAUAGUUAUGAAUUCAAUUAAGCUUUAGAUUUAGUCCGCACAUAAAAUACUCCCAAGGAAUUCUUUAAAGACCGAAUACGCUAGCAAUUGUAUGAAAUAAUACUCAUUUUAGAAAUUUCUUACAAAAGAUCGACAGAAAAUGCAAAUCAUUUAUAUGAGGCAUUAAUCAUACUUCUCAAUCUCACUUAUGCUAUCCAACCAAUGAAUAAUAGAAAUUUUAUAAAAA